CUGAUGAGAUGAACCAAGGUUCAGAACAAUAUAAUGCGAGGUUAUCAUAUUCGUGUCUCCAUACCUUCAAAAUCUGAAAAACCUUAUCAUCAUCCUUCCGGUACAUUUAUUCCCAAGACAUUAUUCCAGCAUCUUCCUUCGCAUUCACCCAAACCAACCACCAGAAGGAACGCCUUAUUUAAUCCAGCGCAUAGGGAUUACCGAUUUGGACCUAUUCGCGUUGACUGGGUCGACUUUGAAAACAUGAGCACGGGGGUAUACACGGGGAAAGAGAAGGAAUCGGGGAGAGGCCCUGCUACCGCACAGUUUACACCUCACGCUAGAACGAAAUCAGGCUCCACUAAUCUACCUGAGGGAACCGUGCAUGUAUUUCGUGACUGCACUCGCCGUGACGACGGGAAGGCGGCUACUUCAUAUUCAUCAGCUCCCAUCGCCACUCCUGUUAAAAGCUUGAGCGAGAGUGAAAAUGGAGUCGUGCUGGCCGUUCUUGCUGUUCCAUCGUGGAUGACACCGUCCGAUUUUCUGGGAUUUGUGGCUCCUGCGGCAGAAGGGAUGGCACAUCUUCGAAUAAUUCGAGAUUCUGUCCCUAACCGCUCCCUCGUCAUUAUGAACUUUCGGCAAGCCCAAGAAGCGACCGAGUUCAUAGAGGCUUAUAACGGAAAACUAUUCAAUUCAAUGGACCCAGAGACAUGUCAUGUUGUCCGGGUACUGUCUGUACAAAUCGACAUUGAGGAUUAUGCUUUCCCUUCUUUUGGAGGUUCACAGUCAUCCAUGUAUGAACUGCCCACAUGUCCUGUGUGCCUAGAAAGAAUGGAUUCAGCAGUAACAGGCCUCAUUACCGUCCCUUGCUCUCAUACUUUUCAUUGUAUGUGUUUGAGUAAAUGGGGCGAUAGCAGGUGUCCUGUCUGCCGGUAUUCUCAAAUACUUCUUUCGUCCCACCCGACGUCCGCGUCAAAUCGCUCUCGACCUAUUCCGUUUACCACGUCCACGACGCCAGAUCUUUCAGCUUGCGUUGACUGCGCAUCUACGACAAACCUAUGGAUCUGCUUAAUAUGCGGUAACAUAGGCUGCGGUCGAUAUAGACGAGCUCAUGCACACGCACACUACGAAAGCACUACACAUCUAUAUGCCCUUGAACUUGAGACUCAACGUGUAUGGGAUUAUGCCGGUGAUGGUUAUGUCCAUCGUCUUAUUCAGAAUAAAGCCGAUGGAAAGCUGGUUGAACUCCCAUCAGCUGCUUCUUCGGUGGCUACAAAUUCGAGAGACGACGAUAACCUUGGGCCGAGUCGUGCGGACACGCUCAGUGCGGAGAAAAUCGAAGCUAUUGGAAUUGAAUAUUCUUAUCUUCUCACUUCACAAUUGGAUUCGCAGCGAUCGUACUAUGAAGAUCAAACAAAGGAAUUGAAAAGUCAAGUCGACGAGUUGCGCGUCAUGGUGGAGAAACUGAGCAAGGACACGGAGAAAGAACGAGCUCAUGCCAAGGAAGAGGGAGCAAGGCGACAGCGUGAGGAGGAGGAGAAGUUUGAUGUAAUUUACAAGGACAAGAUCAAGGCUGAGAAAAGGGCCGAGAAGGUAGCAGAGUUGGCGAGGAAGUUGGACAAGGAGCUGAAAGAAGAAAGGGCAGUCAGUGAGGGCUUGAUGAAAAAUCUUGGGAAGAUGAAGCAGAAAGUCGAGGAGGCGGAUAAGCAGAAGAAAGAACAUGAUGCCAAGGUUGUCGAGUUGGAGGACCAGUUACGGGACGUGAUGUUUUUCUUGGAGGCUAAGACCAAGAUAGAGCAAGGUGGAGGCGCUGAAGCCGAAGCUGCUGGCGGUUCUAUCGGGCUGCCGCCUUCUGCUCCACCAUCUACUACGACAAGUGCGAAAAAGAAGACAAGGAAAGGCUAGUAAACAGCGUCCUUUCAGUUCCGCACCUCGUUGCGAGUUUGUACCAGCGGUAAAGCUCCUCGACUUCCAUGAGGGAACUUGGGAUGCUGAGCUUUGAUUAUCCAAAGCCAUCAGAAUGUUUUUCAUGGCUUGGCUGUUGCACUCGAGUCCCCAUUCACAAUGCUGCUGACAAGCUUCCUUCUAUCGGCUGUUAUGACUUCAGUAUCCAGUAUCACACACUGGUAUAAAGUACAUGAUCUCCAUUGCAUCACCAAGGUGGAGCGUCUUUAAUUCAUGUACCUACUACACAAUCAGACAUUACUUCAUAGAGUAACCUGGGUCCAAAUGCGGCACGAGGUGACAAGGGUGGGCGUUCAUUUGCUGAAAAGUAGAACAACUAAUGGGUCAUCCAAAGAAAGUACUAUAGAAUGCAUUGAAUUAAGAUUAAUCAGAAACGUGCACAGUCUGCGCCCCGGGGAUAACAUCGACCCGAUGCCAACAAAAGAGUGCUUGCAGGAUUAUUCAGGAGAAGAGAUUCCAGGGAAAAUGACUCGCUGGCGUAAGCCUGAUGUUUCCAGAGAUGUUGUUCCAUCGAAAGAACUGUCUGGAAUUUCCGAGCUUUCCACAGGUUCAUCUUUCUUCUUGUGUUUGGCCCUCUUUUGCACUCCUACGGGUGGACUGGGAGCGUCCUUGUUUUUCAUCCGCCGAGUAUCCCAGAUCAUGUAGAGGACAACCUCUGAAAAUGCGACGACCAGU